GGACAUACCAAAAAUCUUUCAGAAUUUCUAGAACUAGGACCAAAAACGGGAGGCACGGAUAAAAUAUUCAUGACUUUCUCGGCGGGAGAAUGUUGACUCGAAAAAAUCUAGUCAACAUCAUCGUCACGAAGAUCUUCUUUUUUUCUCACGCAUAUAUCCAUCGUCGAUAUCAGGCAGCUGCCGUCGCUGCCGGUUUCUUUAACUGUCGUUUUCUCGUUCUGAGGGUUGUGUUACUGCUCCUGUUGUUGUUAGGUUGGACCAAGUCGAAUGGAGAGGGCUUGGUCGUCCGGUUGAUACCACGCGCUAUCCUUUUUUUUAAAGAAAAAUCUGUUGUUUUGUGUUCGUUACCCCCCGCUCUUGUUGUUGAUGGCGAUGAGGUUAGAUGUGCAGUACGCGCUAUGCGGGGCGCGGAUUGUGCAGGGGAAAUGUGGGAGAUGGGGGGGAGAUGUGAUGAUAAAGACCUGGAUUUGAGGUCGUGUGUUUGUAGUUCCGAGAUACCGUGAUAUGAACACUGGUUACGUUUUAAGUUGAAUA